UGUGUGUGUGUGUGUGUGUGUGUUAUUGCCAAUAAUACAUCGUUGAAUCCGUGUACACGGCAGACUUUACGGUAACUCCAUAACUGAACGGCUUUUGGCUUUGUCGUACAUGAGCGUCAUUACGGUAACGUACGCGGAACUUUACUGUAUACAUGUAUGAAACAUGGCGCUGUCCUGCUCAAACCUGUGUAGCAAUUUGUCUUUGACCCGUCUGUGUGGUCUCAGGACAAACAGGAUAUCAAAUGGCCUUUACUUUCCUUAUGGGUCCUGUCAGUCCAGGUUGCCCCUGUGCCGACACUACUCAUCGUCCAAAGUUAGACGAGGUAUUGGUCGCUAUGUGGCCUCCAGCCUCCAGAGGGUAAAUACCAAAUAUGAAGGUUUCCUUAAAAGGCGAUUUCCCCGCUUUUAUCAACUCUAUCACACAUUUACGGAAGGAUUCAAGCUACUGUUCCGAGAUGCCAAAGAUGUGCAGAGGAUAAAAGCUAAGAUGUUCUCUGAUGGAGUGCAGUUCAAGGAUUUGCCCUACAGGGAGAUGGAGAAGCUCAGACAGUUUCGCAGAGACAUGAUCAAGGCCGUGCCGCUGGUGGUGAUAUCCAUCCCUCCCUUCGCCAACUACCUGGUUUUUGUCUUGAUGUACUUUUUCCCCCGCCAGCUCCUGAUCCCACAUUUCUGGACUCCUCAGCAGAAGGAGGAGUUUCAGGGAUUGUACCAUUCCCUGAGGGCCCAGCACCACUGGUCAGUGCUCAAAGGGCUCGAGAGCACGAGCCAACAGGUCAAAGACGGCCAGCUACAGAGGCGCCUUAAAGACCUGUGUGCCACAGUGCAAAGUGGAGCAAUCCCUAAAGUGUCUGAAAUCCUUGCUGUCCGAAGCCUGUUUUCUGGACCUCCUCUGGGUAUAAAGAGGAUGAGCGUGGAUCAAAUGAGACUUGUCAGCCCCCUGCUCUUCCUGACGCCUCACCUCCCGGGUUUCCUGAUUGGCCGCCGGUUGAACAAUCACGGCCUGGUGCUGCUCCAGCUGGACCGGGCCCUCAGCAGGCUGGGCCCUCACCAGCUGAGUGACUCCGAACUCCGAAAGGCUUGUUAUGUAAGGGGGCUCCAUUCUAAUAGUGUUGGCAUUAAUCAGUACCGCGAGUGGUUAUCCCAGUGGCUUCAGGUGUCCUCCUCACUGAAAGACUCAGAGGUGUCACUGCUUUUGCACAGCAUUGUAUUUCUCUCUGCCAACUACCCGAAAGGUGCCAGCCGACACUGACAGGAAGCCUGAAGCCAUCUGCUUUUGCGAUUAUGCUCUUUUUCGCGCACUAGGCAGCACAACCUCCUAAGAGUUGUCAACAUCUACUUUUCCCCCCGCAAAUGAAAACAAUUUAGACUCUUCUUGGCAUGCUUUUGAGAUUUAAGGUAAAAAAAAAAAAAUGUCUUAACCCAAAACUGGAAGCUGGUUUGCAGUAAAGAAAAAGAUGCCGUUAAUUCUAUACACCUUAGAACUGUGCUUUUUUCCAAGUACACACCAAGUUAACAUGAUUUUUUUUUUGGGGAAAAAUAGGAUGAAUCUAGUGUCUUUAUCUGAGGAGUGGUAUGGGAUUCCUCUUAAUGAAUAAGCACAGUAAGACUAAAAAGUCUUGCUUAGUGAAGUUCUCAUCUAAUUCAGACCCUAACAAGGGACUUAAAUUGAUUUUGAUGCUGUAUAUCUAGUGGUGUUGUUGAGGUAAUAUGAUUACCUGUUGCUGUAUUUCAAGCUUGUUACCACUGUUAAGCUCAGGCAAGCCUGAGCAUCUGUUUACUUCUAAGCUAAUGCACCAUUACACACUUAUAAAGACAAGCAGGGAAACAAAGAGGAUAUUGUUAAGUAAAAGUUCAGCAGCACUUUGUGUGCUGUUAAUAUUUUACUUGUGGAAUGGUAAAAUAGUUUGGACUCAUUCCACUUAUAAAAAUAUAAUCGCUUUUAUGUGGGCGUGUUAAAUGUUUUUACAUGUACACAUCAAACACGUGCUGUAGCUUCUCAUACAUUUACCUCACUUUGUGCUCUGUUUGUACUUCUUUACAAUGAAUAAAGCUGGCCAAAGGGGAAUUUUGUUGCAACUGUCUUGAGGGGAGAAACAUCAAAUAUGGAACAAAUGGUCGAUAUGAAAAAUCAGUAAAUUACACAAGGCACCUUCUACAAGCAAAUUUCAUGUAAGUUUUUUUUUUUUUUACUACUUCAGGGAGGCAGUACAAAGAGGAACUGCACAUCCCCUGCACGGUUGUAAAGUGUGAAAAAGGACAUGUCAUCUCCUUCCUGUGCCAUUACGCAAGUUCCUCUGAAAUAUGAGAUGCAAAAGUUAUUUUCUGUUCACGUUUUUUUUAUUAUUAUUUUAAUAUAUAUUAUUUGCUCAACAGGUUUUGAAUGUUAUGUUGCUGAGUCAAUAUUAUAUACAUGGUACUGUAAUGGAACUGUGUCUGAAAUAAAUACCUUUUGAGUGCA